GCUCACAUGCUCUAUAUAACCCACUUCCAACCAAUCAUAGCUUUCACAUUCUUACAAACUCAAAAGAAGGGGCAAAAAAUGUCAUUCCGCCCUCUCCUCCUCCCUCUCCUCCUCCUUCUUUCCUUCUCCUCCAUAGUAUUUUCUGAUGAAGACUGCGUAUACACAAUGUACGUAAGAACAGGAUCCAUCAUCAAAGGAGGCACGGACUCCAUCAUAAGCGCGACACUGUACGACACUUAUGGUUAUGGCGUGGAGGUCCCAGAUCUUGAGAGAUGGGGAGGGCUAAUGGAGCCAGGCCACAACUACUUCGAGAGGGGUAAUUUGGACAUUUUCAGUGGGAGAGGACCAUGUUUGAAUGCACCUGUGUGUGCCUUGAACUUGACCUCUGAUGGGUCAGGUUCAGGCCAUGGGUGGUACGUUAACUACGUGGAGGUGACGACAACAGGGGUCCAUGCGGCUUGUGCCCAAAAGAAGUUCGAGAUUGAGCAAUGGCUGGCCCUUGAUACCUCGCCUUAUAGCUUAAUUGCUUUUAGGGAUUACUGUGAUUAUCUUGAUGUUAAGAAAUCCGCCGGAAGCUCUUCUAUGUAAUAGAGAUCUUAACUUCAAGGUUAAUUGUGUGUGUGUCUGGUAGAUGGUUGUGUUGGAUCGAUCAAGCUUUGACGAUCUGUGAUCAUCAUCUUUUGAUGAGGAAAAUAAUCUGGACAAAUGUUCUUGAUUAUAUAUAUUCAAUAACAUGGAAGUGAGGAGAUCUUGUCUUGCUCGACAUUAUAUA